GUUUCUCACGGUGGAGUCCGCGAUGGCUGCUUGCCUCACCGAGUGAACGCACGCGCUCGCCGGCGGCGACCAAGAAACCACGCGAAGACAUGGCAUUCCCGAGCGGCAAAGCCUACUACCUCCACCUCCUCCUGCUCGCGAUCCUGCCAAGCCUCGUCGCGCGGCGCGGCGCGGCGCAGCAGGGCGGCGUCGACGAGAAGCAGCUCCUGCUCCAGGUCAAGCGCGCGUGGGGGGACCCCGCGGCGCUCGCGUCGUGGACGGACGCGGCGCCGCACUGCCGCUGGGUGUACGUGUCCUGCGACGGCGGCGGCACCGGCCGCGUCACGUCGCUGUCCCUCCCCAACGUCGCGGUCGCCGGCGCCGUCCCCGACGCCAUCGGCGGGCUGACGGCGCUCACGGUGCUCAACCUCCAGAACACCAGCGUCGGCGGCGUGUUCCCGGCGUUCCUCUACAACCUCACCGCGAUCACCUCCAUCGACCUCUCGAUGAACAGUAUCGGCGGCGAGCUCCCCGCCGACAUUGACCGGCUCGGCAAGAACCUGACCUACCUCGCCUUGAACAACAACAACUUCACCGGCGUGAUACCGGCGGCGGUGUCGAAGCUCAAGAACCUGAAGGUGUUUACCCUCAACUGCAACCAGCUCACCGGCACGAUCCCGGCGGCGCUCGGCGAGCUCACUAGCCUCGAGACGCUCAAGCUCGAGGUGAAUCAGUUCACCCCCGGCGAGCUGCCGGGAUCGUUCAAGAACUUGACGAGCCUGAAGACGGUCUGGCUGGCGCAGUGCAACCUCACCGGCGAUUUCCCCAGCUACGUCACAGAGAUGAUGGAGAUGGAGUAUCUCGACCUGUCCCAGAAUUCAUUCACCGGAAGCAUACCUCCUGGGAUUUGGAACAUUCCAAAGCUGCAGUACUUGUUCCUGUACACCAACCAGCUCACCGGCGACGUCGUCGUCAAUGGCAAGAUUGGAGCAGCGAGCUUAAUUUAUCUCGACAUAUCUGAGAACCAGCUGACUGGAACGAUCCCAGAGAGCUUUGGAAGUUUGAUGAACCUAACUAACUUAGCCUUGAUGACGAACAACUUCUCCGGCGAGAUACCGGCGAGCCUUGCUCAGCUUCCAUCGCUGGUGAUAAUGAAGCUGUUCGAGAACAAUCUCACCGGUCAGAUUCCGGCGGAGCUCGGGAAGCACUCGCCAUUUCUGAGAGACAUCGAGGUCGACAACAACGACCUCACCGGGCCAAUACCGGAGGGGGUCUGCGACAACCGCCGGUUGUGGAUCAUCUCCGCCGCCGGCAACCGGUUGAACGGCUCAAUUCCGGCGAGUCUUGCCACUUGCCCGGCGCUGCUGAGUCUCCAGCUCCAGGACAACGAGCUUUCCGGCGAGGUGCCGGCGGCGCUGUGGACGGAGACGAGGCUGAUCACCGUGCUCCUGCAGAACAAUGGACACCUCACCGGAAGCCUGCCGGAGAAGCUGUAUUGGAAUCUGACGAGGCUUUACAUCCACAACAACCGUUUCAGUGGCCGGCUUCCGGCGACGGCCACCAAGCUCCAGAAGUUCAACGCCGAGAACAACUUGUUCUCCGGCGAGAUACCUGACGGGUUCGCCGCCGGGAUGCCAUUGCUGCAGGAGCUGGACCUGUCAAGGAAUCAGCUCUCCGGGGCCAUCCCGGUGAGCAUCGCGUCGCUCAGUGGCUUGUCGCAGAUGAACUUCAGCAGGAACCAGUUCACCGGCGAUAUUCCGGCGGGAUUGGGCUCCAUGCCGGUGCUCACCCUGCUCGACCUUUCGUCGAACAAGCUCUCCGGCGGUAUUCCGACGUCGCUGGGAUCGCUGAAGAUUAACCAGCUUAACCUGUCGUCAAAUCAGCUCACCGGCGAGAUCCCGGCCGCGCUCGCCAUCUCCGCCUACGACCAGAGCUUCCUCGGCAACCCCGGUCUCUGCGUAUCGGCGGCGCCGGCGGGUAACUUCGCGGGCCUGCGCUCGUGCGCCGCGAAGGCAUCCGACGGCGUAUCGCCGGGUCUCCGGUCGGGUCUCCUCGCCGCCGGCGCGGCCCUCGUCGUCUUGAUCGGGGCGCUCGCCUUCUUCGUCGUCCGCGACAUCAAGAGGCGGAAGCGGCUCGCGCGGACAGAGCCGGCAUGGAAGAUGACCCCAUUCCAGCCCCUCGACUUCAGCGAGGCCUCCCUUGUGCGCGGGCUCGCCGACGAGAACCUCAUCGGCAAGGGCGGCGCGGGGCGCGUGUACCGCGUCGCGUACGCCAGCCGGAGCAGCGGCGGCGCCGGCGGCACCGUCGCCGUGAAGCGCAUAUGGACCGGCGGCAAGCUGGACAAGAACCUGGAGCGCGAGUUCGAUUCGGAGGUGGACAUCCUCGGCCAUGUCCGCCACACCAACAUCGUGAAGCUCCUCUGCUGCCUCUCCCGCGCGGAGACGAAGCUCCUCGUGUACGAGUACAUGGAGAACGGCAGCCUCGACAAGUGGCUCCACGGGAACAAAUUGCUGGCCGGUGGCGCGACGGCGAGGGCGCCGUCGGUCCGGCGAGCGCCGCUGGACUGGCUGGCGAGGGUCAGGGUGGCCGUCGGCGCGGCGAGGGGCCUCUGCUACAUGCACCACGAGUGCUCGCCGCCGAUCGUGCACCGGGACAUCAAGUCCAGCAACAUCCUGCUCGACGCUGAGCUCAUGGCCAAGGUCGCCGACUUCGGGCUCGCCCGGAUGCUGGUCCAGGCCGGGACGCCGGACACCAUGACCGCCGUCGCCGGAUCGUUCGGCUACAUGGCUCCCGAGUGCGCGUACACGAGGAAGGUGAACGAGAAGGUCGACGUGUACAGCUUCGGGGUGGUGCUCCUCGAGCUGAUCACCGGCAGGGAAGCCCACGACGGCGGCGAGCACGGCUCGCUGGCGGAGUGGGCGUGGCGGCACCUGCAAUCGGGCAGGAGCAUCGCCGACGCGGUGGACAGGUGCAUCACCGACUCCGGGUACGGCGACGACGCCGAGGUCGUGUUCAAGCUCGGCAUCAUCUGCACCGGCGCGCAGCCGGCGACGAGGCCGACAAUGAGGGACGUUCUGCAGAUUCUGGUGAGGUGCGAGCAGGCGCUCCAGAACACCGUGGACGGGAAGGUGGCGGAGUACGACGGCGACGGCGCGCCGUUUCUGCCGAUCAGGGGUGGCAGCCGCCGGAAGCAGCUUUCGGACACCAAAGGCAUCGACGACGGCAACGGCAGCUUGGACAGCAUAGUAUGAGAACAAUGGUCAAUAAGAAGUAUAACCUGAUCCAAUGGUUACCAUCUAGGAGAGAUGGCACGCUAGUUAGGAGAGCAGGUAGAUACCAGACAAAUACAUUCGCCAUCCUUCAGUUAUUUGCAUGUAAUGAGUAUUGUAACUUUGUAAAUGCAUCUAUAAAAUUUUGGGACAGUGAGAGUGCAGUCACAUACA